CGUCGGCCCAUGCGCCCGAGGCUCCCCAGCCAGCUCCGCCUCGCAGCACUGCGGCCGAUGCGCACCGAGCAUGCCCUCGGCGCCGUGCUGGCGCCGUGCUGGCCGAUGCCUCGGCGUCGUGCUGGAGGUGGGCGUGGUGCCCCUGCACCGCGCGACGCCCUGGGUGAUGCCCGUCCUCGUGCUGCUGCUGUUGUUUCUGCCGCUGGCCCUCGCGAGCCUGGCCCGCCUGGUCGAGCUCCUGCUCGACCCGCUCACGCCUCGUCUGGUGGCGGGCUGGUCAGCCGGGCGGCUCGUCGUGCUCCUGCUGCUCGCCGCGUUCGCCGCGGGCGACCUGCUGGGGCUCUGGUUCGCGGGCGCCGUGGCGCUGCGGGUGGUGCGGCACGCGGCCAGCCGCAGGAUCGCCGGACCGACGAGGCCCCGCGCGAGGCGCCUGUGGGGUGUCCUGCAGGCGGCGGUGCGGCUCAACGCCGCGCGCGUGCUGGCGCCGGAGCGGUCCAGGUGGGCGCAGGUGCAGCUCGAGAGGGGCGUGCCGCUCGGCCGGGGCUCGAGCAGGAGCGAGCGAUGGAGAUUCAACUGGGAGGAGUCGGCCAGAGCGCGCAGGGACAGGCAGGAGGAGGCCCUGUGGCACAGCCUGGACCUCGGGCGCGCCCUGCUCCGCGCCGCGGGGCCGCCCCUCGCCGCCGCGUCGCUGGGGCUGGUCGCCUUCGGGGUGCGCGCCUUCUUCGCGCUCGGGCUGCCGUGGUGGCGGCUGCCCCGCGCGCUCGACGGGGCGAUGAGGCUUCUCGGCGCCGUCGCCACGCUGCGCAUCCUCGCCGACUUCGCGCGCGCCUCCCUGAUGGACCCCGGCUUCACGGGCCCGGCGCCGCCCGCUGGCGGCGCCGCCACGCCCCCCGACGUGGAGCUGGACGGCCUCGGGGGCCUCGCGCGGGCGGAGGCGGCCCGGUGGUGCGCGUUCUGCGCCCGCCCGAAGCCGCCCCGCUGUCACCACUGCCGCACCUGCGAGCGCUGCGUGCUGAAGAUGGACCACCACUGCCCCUUCCUCGGCAACUGCGUGGGCCAGCGGAACUACCCCUACUUCUGCCUGCUCCUGCUGGACCUCGUGGCCGGCUCCGCCCUCCUGCUGGCGGUCCUGCUGCCCCAGGCGCCGUCCGUGCUGCUGGGCGAGGGCUGGGUCCCAUGCCUCGGCCUCCUGGCGGCGGUGCUCGUGCCCUGGGGCGCCCUGGCUCUGCUCGGCCCCUUCUUCCUGGUGCACCUCAGGCUCGUCCUCAGGGACGAGACGUCGCUGGAGCACCUCGCGAGGGAAGAGGGGCACCGCCGCGUGGGCGGCGCCGCGGUCCCCCGCUCGGGCCCUGCGGGGGAGGCCGGCGUGCUGGCCCGCUUCGCCCGCGUGUUCGGGGCGCCCCCGGCCUCGUGGCGCCUCCCGCUGGAGCGAGCCCUGAGGAAGCUCGGCGCGCCUGGCGACGACGACGACGACGACGACUGCUGCGGAGCGGGCCUCGCCGCGCCGCCCGGGGCGCCUGGCAGGGGGCCCACGGGCGCAUCGCGGCGCCGCGCAUGACGCUCCGUGGGAUGGCGAUCGGCGGGCCACGGGAUGCAGGACUCGGGAUAGCGCCCGGCGCACAGGCCUCCCUCGUCGAGCUCCGCCGGCGGCCUCGGAGCGCGUGCCGGCCCUCGCUCCUCGGGGGCUCGAAGAUGGGCCUCGCCGCGCGCGCCACGCGCCGAGCGCUGCGGGGCGAGCGAGGCGCGGGCCGCUCGGCCGCCGGCUGCCGGGCCUCGGCCAGGCGGCAGGGCUGUGUGCGGUACGCCCGUGCGGCGUCCUCUGCGAGCGCCCCGCACGUCCUCUGCAGACGCCCCGGGCCUCCUGAGCCGGAGAGCGGUGCAGAGCCAGACCGACUCGCCUGCGCGUGCCCUGAGAUCCUGGCGUCCCAGACAUGGUCGCGUCGUGAAACAGAUCCGGA